UUUUGAUAAAAAGAUGGAAAGCUCAGGUGGCAAAGGAUUCCAUAAGGUUGUAGUAUCAAAGGAGAAUAAGGGACUCAAGAAAUUCGUCAAUGAUAUAUUCGAGUCCAACGGAUACCCCAGAGUCAAAAAAUUCGCAAAAGAGUUCUCAAACGGGAAAUUAUUUUUGCUAUUAUUCAACCUCAUUUUUGACGAAAGCCUCAGUCUGCCAUUUUCAGGAGAUUCUUCGGUUGAGAGCAAGCUCCAAAACUGGAACAAAAUCAACGCAAUGAUUUGAUUUAAUUAUUUACAACAGGACUUUUAUUUUGGAGCUGCAACAAUGACAACUCUUGCAAAAGGUGAUAGCCCAGACACUCUAUGUCAUGUAUUAAGACUGCUACUAAACUCCUCACAAGUGCAUUACGAAGAUGCAAUAGUAGAUGAAGCAGGAAAGGCUGAUAUCUCUGAUGUAUUAAUCGCUGCUUCAGAAAGUGCUGGGAUGGGGCCUGACACAAAGUUCGUAGGAGGCUUUACUGACCCAACAGCCCAGAAAAUAUCAUAGACUUCCUCAAUAAACAGAUUCCUUUUCAUUAAUCUUCAAUACA